UUUUUUGCAAUAGUGAAAGAGAAAAGGAAUUUAGAGCCAUCUAAGGAUGAUGACCCUACAUUUCCGCCUGACACAGAAUGUCGAAGUGACUUAAAGCAAAGUGUUUCUUCAAGAGAAACAAACACAUUGAUCGAAAAGAACUCUUCGUUACAGAAUCCAUUAGAAAAAACGAUUGACACCACUACUGAUAUUUGUGAGAAGGAGAUCCUGACCGUUUCUGUGUCAAAAGCGGAUGGAGGAGGCAGGAAAAAAAAUGUUUGCCCAUUUUGUCACAAAAAACAAUCAAAAAUCGCUAGACACCUGGAGAACGUUCAUAAAAAUGAAGACGAGGUAAGAAAAUUCACCGUUCUACCGAAAGGAUGUCGAGAACGGAAAGAUCUUAUCAGUCUUCUAAGAAAAAAAGGCAAUUUCCAACAUAACACAAAAACUUGCUUGAAUGAUGGAAGCCUGAUAGUGUCGAGAAGACCGAACGCAUCCAAACAGAGAAAAGCAACAGAUUUCCUUCCUUGUAUUAAAUGUAAGGGGUUUUAUUCGAAAAAUAGUUUGCGUGUGCACUUCAGAGCAUGCACUGGAUUAUCGAGUAAAAUAACGCGAUCUGUUAUGAUCAGUGCGAAAAGAAUCGAGGCAAGACUGCAUCGUUCUGCGAAUAAAAUAGUGAGAGAGAAACUAUUUCCACCGCUAAGAGAUGACGAUAUUACUCGAACCAUAAAAUACGAUGAGUUGGUGAUUAUUUAUGCCAACAAAAUGUCCGAAAAAUAUCGAGACGGAAGAUACUUUGACAUGAUUAGACAGCGUAUCAGAUUAAUAGGAAGAUUUCUGAAAGCAUUGAAGGCAAUUAAUAAAGAUAUCAAGUGCUUAUCAGACGUUUUUGUUCCUGCUUACUGCCCUGACUCCAUUCGAGUAAUAAAUACAUUGGCAGGUGCAGAUGAUGGAAGUGGACAUUUCAAACACCCCUCAGUAGCCACAGCUUUAUGUUCACUAUUGAAAUACAUAGGAAAAAUAUACCUGAACCAGUGCAUUAUCAAGCAUGAUGAUGCCAAACAAAAAGAUGCAAAAAGCUUCUUGUUACAUUUCACGCAACAGGUGGAUAUAAAUGUCACGCGAACUGUAAUGGAAUCCCAAGUACAAAACAAAAUUAAAUUACCAUCACUUAAUGACAUAAAAAAAUUUUAUAUUUAUUUGAAAAAAAAUCUGGGAAUAACAUACAAACGCCUGAAAAAUAGGUUCAGUCUCACGACAUGGCUGAAUUUAUCAGAAUUCACACUAUUGAGCAUACAAGUUAUCAACCGAAUAAGACCUAGAGAACUUGAAAGAAUUUUGAUACAGGACUUCAAAAGACAUGAAGGAAUCAGCGCCGACACUAAUAAAACACUGUAUAAAAAAACUAGGCAGAAGGCUUCACGAUACAGGCGUUUUAUGAUCCAGGGAAAACUUAAUCGCACAAUUCCAGUCAUUCUAGAUGAAGAACACGUGAAAUGUAUCGAGCUCCUCCUAAAAUACAGGGGCUUCGCUAAAAUCUCCGGUGAAAACCAGUAUGUUUUUGCCAUUCCCGAAGUGACAAAUUCGAAAUGCUUGAGAGCAUGCAAUGUCAUGCGCAAGCAUGCGAUCCUUUGUGGUGCAAACCAUCCCGAAAGAUUGAGAGGAAGGAAUUCACGAAAACAUAUCGCGACCACCUGCUUAAAAUUCACCGAGGUCAAAGAAUUGAAAAAUAUAAAUGAAACACCAGUUGCUUCUCGGUAUAAUUCAAGGGUAUCUAGGUUACCACAAAGAGCACAAGAAAAUAAUGUAAUUGAGGAAAACGACUGUACCGAUAAUGAGGAGGAAGAAGAAGGACCGAGAAGGGAUGGGAAACACCAAAGAUCUACGUCUCCAUAUGGUACCGUCAAAAGGCGGAGAUGGACAACUGAAGAAAUUCAGACGACGUUGAAGGAGUUCAAAGUAAAUUUCGAAAUCGGAAAACUGCCAUCCUUCAAAGAAAUCCAGGAGGUUAAAUCGAGAUGCCCUCAACUAAGUCUAAGAUCCCAGGCACAAAUUAAGACUUGGAUUCAUAACCAAUUCAGGAAAAAAAGCAAAGGAUGAUAUUAAUUCUUGUUCUGUUUUUUUAAUAUGUUUUUUUUUUAUACCAUACUUGUUAUAUUUUACUCAGGUUGUUCUUGGAUUUUUGCUAAGAAUAUAAAACUUAUAACGUA